AUGUCUCUUACAAUUUCCCCGAAAGACAGUGAGCUUUUGCUCAAGGACAAAAAUGUUCUUCAAGAAUCUGUGCUAGACAAAUACAGAACCGCUGGUCAAGUUACACAAACCGCAUUAAAAUAUGUUACAAGUGUGAUUAACCAAAGCUACCAUUUCGGUAAAGAACCAAAAUUAACUAUUCCAGAACUAUGUAUUCUUGGUGAUUCCUUCAUGACCGCCAGAUUGGAACAGUUUUACAAGAAUAAAGUUAACGAAAGAGGUAUUGCUUUCCCUACGACAAUCGAUGUAGACUCAGUGGCUCAAGGUUGGUGUCCUGAAAUGGACGAUGUGGAGAAUAUCCAAAGUAAAAACAAAAACAGUCCAUUGCAAUCUACAGUUACAGGUGUAUUACAACCUGGUGACUUGGUGAAAAUUACUUUGGGUGUCCACAUCGAUGGUUAUACAAGUCAAGUGUCUCAUACGGUCGUGAUCUAUCCUCCAGGUCAACAACCUCAAGGUCCCCUCUUGGGCGGUAAAGCUGAUGCAGUAGCCGCUGCUCACAUUGCCAUGGAAAGUGUAGUAUCACUGUUGGCAUGUGCCCUAACCCCAGAAAAGAUUCCUAAUGCUUUGGAUGAUGGUAGCCAUACCGUUCAAGGUAAGACGAUUAGAUUGAUCGUGGACACUAUUGCACGUAACUACGACUGCUGUGUGGUGCCAGGGUCUCGUGUACGUCGUGUCAGAAGGUUCCUUGCUGGACAAAAUGAAGGUAUUGUUGCCGAACGUGAAUUUAAAGGUGUUGUUUGGACCGAAUCCCACCAAGAAGCUCAAUUGUUGGCAAAUGCAGGGUUAACUGAUAACCAAGAAGUUGCAUUAAAGACAAAAAGUGAUGCAACCAGUGAGAAUGCAGUCCCCAGUGAUGACUUUACCGUUAAGGCUGGUGAAGUUUAUUUGGUUGAUAUUAGAAUGUGCCCUCAGAAUGAAUUGAAUAAGAAAGGUUUAAUUACUUUACAAGAUGUGGAUUCAUACACCGGUAAAUCCCACAGGAAUGACUUAGUCGCACGUUCAGGUGCCCACGUUAGGGAUUAUGCACAGACUUACCAUCUAAGAUUAAAGACAGCAAGACAACUUUUGACCAAAAUUGAUAAACAAGGUGUUUAUCCAUUCAAAUUAUCACAUCUUUCUGAAAUUUUCCCACUCGAUGUAAAUGGAUCACCUGAACAAUGGACCUCGUUGAAGCAAGAUAUGAAGAGCUACAGACUGGGUAUGAGUGAAAUUACAAACAAUUAUCUAUGUGUUGAUAUGCCAAUUCGUCUGACCAAAUGGGUUCCAUGGGAUCAUAUUUUAAAGGCAACUAAUCAAAAUGGUACAUUGAGUUUUGACGCAACCGCACCAUUAUCACUACCAGGCCACGAAGUACCAUUGCCUAAAUUGGGGGUUUCAUCAUUAAAAUUGAAAAGUAUUGUUAAUUCAUGCCCUGAAUCUAAACUAUUACCAAUCAGUCGUGAAAGUAGUACAGUUCUACUAUGUGGCAGUGAUAUCUCAAGUAACGGCAGUAAACCAGAAUUACUAAGAAUUACGGGUGGAUCGAAAACUUGUGCAGCAAGUUGGAUCCACAGUCAGUUCGAACUAAAUCCUCAGGAUCCAAUCGUACAAUCGAUCUUCCAAUUGGCUCAAUUGACCAAAGAUCGUCGUUUUGGUAUUUCAAUUAGGGAAACUCAACCAAUGCGUGAACACUAA